AUGGCGACUGCCUCGGUCCAAACCGAGGAGAUUAGGAUCGACCGGCGCCUCGCUCAGUUGCCCGAGCAUUUGCGUCCGUCGGCCAUUACCUCGCGGCCCCCUACGCCUUCCAGCCCCGUUGAAGAGGGUCGCCAGUUUACCCCUGUCCCCGGAAAUCUGCCGCCGAGGAAUCCCAGGCGCCUUCUCAGCAAGACGAGCGUUCCCGAAGCCCCGUCUUCACCGCCCCCACCCAUUCCGGGGAGCCAAGAAGAACUCCAUGAUGCUUAUCCGGGCAACAAUGAUGACGGGCCACUGUCGAACCAAAGAGCGCCGGUCAAGAGGCCUCAUCGUAUCAGUAGUCUUUUCGCCGGAUUUGAUGGAGGCAGUUCCGAUGAGGUCGACGAAUUCAUGGAGGCGGAUAUGAGCGACUCUGAGUUCCGAACCGCUCUCUCCGCACCUCGGCCCAAGGGAUCUACGGGACCAGUUCCAAAGGCCUCGAAGCGACACUCGUCUUCGACUUGGAGCACCAUGUCUCCUGAGCAGGUGACGUCUCGGAGGAACUCGAGCCGAAGCUCGAUGCGGCCGCUGGCUAGCACCGAGGCUUACGCUAGCUUCAACCUCCCGGAAAGGCGAGAGUCACUCACCAGGCGGCCCUCCCUCAAGCGAUCGUUGCGCUCUUAUGAAAAGUCGGCGGUGAUUGGCACUGCCAACAAGGUCAGCAUCAUGCGCAAGGCAGCUAUGAUCCAGAGCGGAAUCGCUACGCACCAGGGGCGGGCUCGGAGCCCGAGUAUUCCUGAUGCUCGUGAUCCGCCUUUCCCCAUCCCAACAAGGGCCAGCUCACGACGACCACCUAUUAGUGCGAGCGCCCCUAGCGAUGGUGCGCGUAGCCCUACCCGUUCGAGCGGAAGCUGGCACAGGAGGGGCAGCAGCAGGAGUCAUUAUCGCGCCAACAGUAUCCGCAAAGUUCGCUCCGCCGCGGCGAUCCCAGUCAAACCUAGAUAUAAGAGAAACGGAAGUCGGUCGCCGCCCUUGUUCCCCGAGCCACUUGAGUCGCCGGAGAGCCCGGGUCUACCGCCACUGCCUUUCAACGAUAUCACGACCCCACGGAAUAGGGCGGGUAGCAGCGUCAAGUACCGGAUGCAUAGUUCGCAGCCUUCGACGAACACGGCUUUCACCAGCACGAGCUACAACGAUGUUGCGUCGUCCACUAACAACACGUCGCAGAGCACUGGCGUCGUGGAUGCAAUCGCGCAGACAAUGGUUGGCGAAUGGAUGUUCAAGUACGUGCGCAGGAGGAAGUCGUUCGGGGUGCCCGAAGCGAGCAGUAGGGACGAGAACAGCAACGAUCGCCAUAAACGUUGGGUAUGGCUGGCGCCGUAUGAGCGCGCUAUCCUCUGGAGUAGCAAGCAGCCUAAUAGCAACAGCACUCUAAUGGGCAAGCCAGGCCGCAAGUUCACAAUCCAAUCUGUCCUCGACGUCAAGGAUGACAACCCUAGCCCCAAGGGUGCCACGGGCAUAUUCAACCGGUCUAUUCUCAUCCUCACCCCGCAGCGAGCGCUGAAUACCCAUCAACGCGAUGGCUCGCGUGAAGCAGCAGAGCCUCCUUAUAUCCCCCGAUUCCACGAGAGGAAUUUCCCAGAGCGAGGUCUUCAGGAGCGUGCCAACAAUGUCAUGGUUCAUGGCCGCAAACGUAGCAAUACUGGUGGCCACGUACCCCCACCCCUCUCCUUCCGGGGCUUCUCGGGCCCUGCAGGAAGCGGAUCGUACCAGCACACGGCGACAAAUAGCGUCGCCGCCAGCAUUGGGACGGCCGGGUCGUCAGACAUUUACCAAUCUCAAGCCUCGAGCGCCGGUACCUGGGCGCAAGGGAAUGUAUCCGGAAGAACGUCCGAGGCAUCAUCCCGCCCAGCCAAUUUCUUUGAUGCAAUUGGGACGGUGCGCAUGGAAGCCUUCAUCAGCCCCCUUGCUUUCCCAAGACUCGACGGGUAUCCCAACGAACUUGACGAGUACCGAUACUCGGCUCGGCGACGAAGCAAAGAGCGCAGGCGGCGCAAUAGUCGCAGCCGAAAUCGCGACAGCUACAACUCGCGUGGCACGCGAGCCACGGAUGACUGGAGCCGGGCUGGCGAAGACGACUUUUCUCGCAAAAAGGAGCAACAAAAAGCAGAAAAUGCUGAGGGUGCGGCCGGAAGGAAGAAGAAGGUGACAGCAGCGCAGCUACGAGUCCAAAAAGACUUGUCCGAACUGUCCCUCGGAUCAACCAUGAAGACAGAGUUCCCCGACCCAGACGACAUCUUGAACUUCAUCCUUACGAUAGAGCCCGACGAGGGCAUGUACCGCGGCGGCGUCUUCACAUUCACCUUUGCCAUCAACCAAAACUUUCCCCACGAACCUCCCAAGGUGCGGUGCCGAGAAAAGAUUUACCACCCCAACAUCGACCUCGAGGGCAAAGUGUGCCUUAAUAUUCUCCGAGAGGACUGGAAGCCCGUUUUGAAUCUCAAUGCUGUUAUCGUUGGGCUACAGUUUCUCUUCCUCGAACCAAACGCCUCCGAUCCACUCAACAAGGAAGCCGCCGACGAUCUAAGGCAGACGCGGGAGAUGUUCAAGCGCAACGUGAGGACGUCCAUGGGCGGCGGGUCUGUCAAGGGUGUCUCCUAUGACAAAGUGUCGAAAUAA